AAAGAAGAACCAUUAGCGGACAGCAUCCGCAACCCUUCACCACCACCACCACCACUCCUGUGUUCCUCUCCUCUUCGCCAAUUUGAUCUCCUUCUCUUCCUCUUUGACUACAUAUCAUGUCGGCGAAGGGCUGCAGCCACCACCACGGGCACUCGUACUGGCACUGGAAAAAGCGGUACCGCUACAUCUUCUUCGGCGCGCUCUCCUUCAUCAUCCUCGUCCUCUUGGCCAUCUUCAUCAUCUGGCUCGUCCUCCGCCCCUCUAAACCCAGCUUCUACCUCCAGGACGCCUCCAUCGCCCAGUUCAACUUCACCGCCGGCACCAACCUCCUCACCGCCAUCAUGCAGGUCACCGUCUCCUCGCGCAACCCCAACGACCGCAUCGGCAUCUACUACGACAAGCUCGACGCCUUCGCCGUGUACCAGGAACAACGGGUCACCACCUCCACGGAGCUCCCCACCGGAUACCAGGGCCACAACGACGUCGUGGUGUGGUCGCCCUACCUGUACGGCGCCGCCGUCCCGGUGACGCCCUACCUCUCCGUCGCCCUGGACCAGGCCAACGCCGCCGGCCUCCUCCUGGUCGACAUCAACGUGGAGGGGCGGCUCCGGUGGAAGGUCGGCACGUGGACCUCCGGCCACUACCACAUCCAUGUCUCCUGCCCCGCCUUCAUGGCGAUCGAUCACGGUAGCGGCAGCAACGGCGAUGCACCGUCGUUCCACUUCCAGCACGCCACUUGGUGUAGCGUCGACGUCUGAGGCUCGUCCUGUAAGCCACUGACGCCGGUCAUCACGAGUUUGGGUACUAUACGAUUGGGUGGAAUGACACUAGGAGUGAUCAACUUGUGGGUUACAUGAAUUAGCUAUAGGUUUUCGAGAUUGCAAGAAGAAAUGGAUUGGAUUCAUUCCAGAAAAGUUGGG